AUGUCCAGCGUCGCGUCGCAAGUUAUCCUCCACCCCAUCGUUUCGCAAUCUCUCAAGGUCCUUGGCACCAACCUUGGGCGAGACAAGCUCUACCGCGCCAUACAAUACUUUUCGCGCUUCCUGUCGUGGUAUCUACUCGUCAAAGGGUAUAAAAUUGAAGCUGCACGAUGGAAUGCACUCAAGAAUCAUCUUGCAUUGGGAAGAAAGCUUAUGCGACUUGGAAAGCCCGUUGAGCACUUGCAGGCCGCUUUGCGUGCCUCCCAGUCCACCGGUGAGAUAGCAGAGCAAAUCACGACCAUCUGCCGUCAGGUUGGCUAUUUUGGAUAUCUCACUUACGACGCUCUGGUUUGGGCUAACACUGUCAAGUUCUUCAACCUCAAGCCCUCUACUGCACAGAAGGUUGGGAAGAAUGCCAAUAGGUUUUGGCUAGCGGGGAUUCUCUUCAGCAUUGCGCAUGGUCUGUUCAAAGCGGGGAGGAUAGCAAACGAGGUUAGCAAGCUGCGCAGUGGACACCUCACUGACAAAGGCGAAAAUGUCGACCGCGAGGUCAAACGAAACGCGCUUCGAGUUGCCCGAGAGGCGACCCGACAGCAAUUCACCAUCGAUAUUCUAGACUUAUGGAUUCCGGCAAGUAAUCUGGGCCUGACUAACUUGAACGACGGUGUACUUGGUAUAUUCGGGUUAGUGUCUUCCGUAUCUGGACCGUCGACCGAAAAACUGAGCGAGCGUUAUGUUUCUAGCCUCAUAACCUCCCUCAUUGCCUUUCGACAACAGUGGAUUGCGGUGACCAGCAAGUAG